GCAUUACUUGGCCUCGACAGUGAGGACCACAAGAGUAUUGUCCAACAUGGAGUCCAUUUCACGUUUGCGAAGUGCGUUGUUAACGGCGUUGGGCUCGCGUGGAAGCCAGCAUGGAGAGCAGGAACUUUUUGACGAACUGUUGAUCCACAAGCCACGGUUACUCGAGCUUUUCGAUGUUGGUGCCAGUAGUCAGCAGGAACAACGUGAACUGCAAAGCGGUAGAAUUGUGGUUGGCGGAAAAUCCCUUGCUGUCAAUUCAGAUUUCGCGCAGCAGACCAUCUUUCUAUCUCAACAACUAAAUUGUUCAGAAAAGUAUGUCGCAAGUAUACUCCACGACGUUAUGUCAAACAACCCCAACAUCGGCGCCGUAAAUUGCAUGGAAGCAACUGUUGCAGAAUUUCACCAGAGACGCCGUUAUUUGGCCGACUGUAUGCGAUACAUCUUCGAAGCUGCAGAAUUAGCACAGAUUGCUGGGGCAUCUCGGUUGUAUCAUCGAGUGGAGACCUUUGCUCGACAUGAACUCAUACCUGCUGUUAAAGUUCCUGGAGGAGAAAUACCUCUUGCGUAUCGAAUCUUCAGGGAGAUAGACAACUUGGGAAUCACUAUAGCCCGGGCUCAGAGUGCUAGGCAAAACGCUGGAAGCAACACUACAGUAUCUUCAGGUCAAGGUGGGAAUUCUGCCCUGGGUUAUGACAUACUCAGCGCACGCUACGACUCCCUCAAGUACGAACAACGAACACUUGCUUCAGUCUACUUCAUGAUUGGCCGCUUAGGGUAUUUCUCGCCUAACGAGGUUCAAAAGUCAGUGGACUGGCUGGCGACAAAUCCCAAUCACCCUAUGACUUUUUAUAUUCUUGCGGCUACUCUCGCGGCCUUCGACACCGUAGACCCAUCCACCUUUGGGGGACAGAUAAGACAGCAUCUUGCAAUGGAAAAGGCUACUCUGCUGUACAUGAAAAACAAACUGGGGCAGUCAACUGACUGGAAGGAGCCUGGGCUCAGGGCAACGAUCCUAUUGAAAUGGACUCUGUUUUUAACCGAGGCACGACAUCGAGAUUCGACUCUUGAGCACAGGGAAGGUUUCAAAACGGAGGAAUUGGAGACGCAAAUCUGGAACGCCGUUCAAGGGGAUGCAUUCACAUAUCUUGUGACGACAUUGUUACAAAUGCAGAAGAGAAGCCGAGGAUCUGCGACAGUUUCUUUUACAGGUCCCCUUCAACUGACACCAGAGCAAGAGCAGUUGCGCGAAUCUCCUCCCAACGAGUUUAAAUUGGCCGUAUUAUUCUCGUGCGAUUCUCUAGUGCGCUCUUUGAUCGCACAUGCGUCCUCAGAACUGCGGAAGAUCAAACAAAGGCAAGAAGACCUCGUCUUCACAAGUGCUCGAACAGAUCGCUCCCGAAUGUUUCGAUUAUCUGCACCUGUAUCUGAUUCAGAAGCGACGCUGCCACCGCGGAACGAUAUAGCAAUGCUUUUUUCAUUCAUUGGCCUUCUUUAUUCCCUUCUACCACCAGAGCGAGCGAUACAAUUUUGGGGCGCUGCUCCGCACCACGAUAACCAUCGCCUUACUUGGCUUGAACAUAUAGAAAACAAAGCGGGCAAGCUUCCUGCAUUUCUUCAAUGGGCUGUUUGGUCUACUCAAGCGAGGGACAUGGACACGACAAUGGCACUAUACGAUAUGUUGAGUGGUCUAGCAAAGGGCCAGCAAUGCAGUGAACUAGCCUAUAAUUUCAUGGCAAGAGGGGGUGGGGAAGUUAUGCCUGGGAGCGGGUUACCUUCAACUACAGGGGCUUCUCACUAUGCCACAAGCCCCACAAUAUCUUGGGGUAUGAUAUUUGGUCUUCUAGAGUCGUGGGCUGCAACUAGCAGCAAUCCGCGAGGAAAUCAAAACCAGCCUCUACCGGGAGCUUCGUUCACUGGCCUUGAUUCUCAACUUUUACAAAGCCCGACUACACACCAAGAACCACAGCAUCUUACAAUUGGCCCCAAAGACGUUUUGCUUGCCCAGGCAUUUCUUCGAUUUCUGUCCACUGUAGUCUCCAAUUCUGUGGCUGUUCGGCUCGCUAUUUCUGGUAAUGCUCAGUUCAGAUCGAUCCCAACGUUGGUUUCCUUGAUUCCCCUUGGAAUACCUCUCGAGCUGAAAGGGGCCAUCUUCGAAGCAUUGGCUGCCUUUUGUGAGCCUGGCGCUGGUCUUGCCGGUGUGGAAAUUUGUAAAACGGUAUGGUCACUGAUGGAGAGGUUGGAAGUCAUUAAUGUGCGCGCAGGUGCGAGACUAGGAUCGAGCUUGCUUCCGGCGGUGAAAGGUGUCGAGGUUGAAUUAGACGAGGUUGAAGCCGUGUAUAAGCUCUAUCCCGCAACACUACCUUUCUUGAAGUUGCUAAGCACACUCAUCCAUACUCCUAAACGCAUGUCUCUCAAGGACCGUGUGGCCGAUGCAGAACCAAUCAACACUAUUCCUGACACUCUCGGACAAUCGUAUCGUUUACCUGGUAUCGGGCCUUUUGUCUGUUUUGUCAUCGACAAUGUCUUCGCGAAUAUCCCUCACCGGGAAUAUGCCCGACCGUCCGAUAGGUGGCAAAUUAACGACCUAUGUUUGUGCUUCAUCGAACGUGCUCUCGCAAGCUAUGAUCUCGAAUCUCUGUUGUCUGCUGGAGAAGAAAUACAGCUGAAAAAGGAGUCCAUCCUUCCCUUGCUUGUCCAUCCUGGAUAUGAUAUCAUGAAACGACUCCUAACUAAUUCUCCAUUGCAGGCCAGUAUCCUAUCUUACAUUGUGGAGGGUGUUGAAGGUUUCGAGAAGGAGUUCUCAGAAGAAGAGCCUUUUUUCAAGAGUACCAUAGUUCGUGUUUUGCGGAUCCUGCAUCGGGUCUUACAGAUCCAAGAUAUCUUCUUGGAUGUGCUCAUACCUUUGCUAUCCGAGUUUGACAGUGCCCCGAUCAUUGGCACUGUCCACCCAAGGUCGUCUUUUACGAGAUUUGACCAGGCUUUAUCCUUCGGAGGUCAAUAUGUGCCUGCAGUGGCUGCGUAUGUCGUGUAUCCUGCCCACCCUGAACUUGUCCUGUUGGCCGUUAAGAUUAUCUCACAAUUAUCGACUUCCACAUCUUUACCGAAUCUGAUCUCUCUGAUUGAACGAAGCAGCGACUCUGAACGCAUCCUGAGUGGUUUCCGCCGAAUUCUUGACGUGGAGACCUUGGACGACGUAGGCAUCGCAGAGGCAAAUGCAGACGACACGACGGGUGCUGGUGCGGUGGAUUACGAGGGGGAGCAUUCUUUGGAACAAGCUACUCGUUUGGCGGCGCUUGAUCUGUUGAUACAGACUACUGAUUCCCGGCGACCAUUUCCUAAUGUUGGCCACUUUCUCCUCUUUGGUGGGUCAGAAUCUGAGUAUAGGAUCCAAGACCCUCAUGCCAUGGGCGCACAUCGGACUUGUGCGCACGUUAUCCUUGAUUUACUAAAUGCCGGAGUUCCCGAAGUACGAGGACGCAAUAAACAGCGAGGACGCCAACUUGCCAUGCAGGCUGAGCCGUUGUUCAUCGCACUUCCAGCUUUGGCAGAACGUUGCUAUCGUGUAAUCUAUCAGCUUUGUGUACAUCCCCGGACGUCGGACUCCACGAUGCGGUAUCUGCGGACACGCGAAGAUUUCUUUUGUCGUCAUUUAGCUGCCAUCCCUUCCAAUGUUCCUGAAGUCAUCGAUGAUCCCUACAUUGAAGUCCUUUACAUCGAUGGUUCUCGUAUCACUACCACGGUCUCAGCGCUCAAGUCUUUCAUCCGUCUCCGCUCCUGGAUUCUUGACUUGGUUGCUCUAGACUUACAUGUCCUGACGAAUAAAGGGCACCAUAAAGGCGUCCUAGAAAUCUUGGCAAUCGUCUUCGGAGUUGAUGCCUCCCAUGCCGAUGGUCACCAGGUUUGGGAAGAUGAUAUGUUGCAGCCUUUCCAGGAUAUUGGGCAAUCGCAUUCACGGAUCAUAGAGUUUGUUCAGUCGUUGAGCUUCGACUGGUCUGAUAGUGUGACGGUGAAUCCCAUCGACCUGGAGUACCUUGGUCAACUCAAUCUUCAUACAUGUAUUCGCGUGGACGCGUCAGGAUGCGAAGUUGUGGAUAGAACAGCGUUAUUAUCCUUGUUGACGACUGCCCGGCGUGCUCUCCACUCACAAGGUCAACUUACUACUUCCGCCCAUGUUGAUAAGUUAAACACCGAGAUCAAUUACAUUAUGGAAAGUUGCGCUAUUGAAAAUCAUCGCCGCGAGAUUCAUCAUUCGAUCGCAGCCGGAUAUGAGUCGUGGCGGAGGUUAUUGGACACGACGCUGAUGAAAUGUUUCGAUAGGCUACCUCACGAUCGUCGCGAGAACAUGUUGUUCGAUUUGCUGCACGUCCUUCCCACAAUCAUACAAUCUCCUGACAUCGGGGAACCUACAGCUGUUCUACUCUCAGAAGCAUCGGUGUCGGCGAUCACUAAAUUGCGUGAAGACAGGCGGCACCAAGUCAUGCUUCAGUCUGCAGGCGGUGAUGCCGAUGCGGGUUCUUUGCCUACAGAUAGACUUUUCAGCUUGCUUCGGAGCCUUCUCGAGUGCAUAUUGUCCAAUAACCGCAUGGAGCUUGUCCGUGGUAAUCUUUAUGCUGCUCUGAUCAAUUAUCUGCACCUUGUAGCACCCAAUGAUUCGAGUUGUGAUGUAUCGAUGGAUAACUUUAGGAGGCAGUCAAUGUCGAUGUCCUUACGACUUUCGGUUUCCUCUUCAAGAGAUGACAUGAUGAUGUCCAAUAGCCAGUUGUUGCCAAGUCACUCGGGGAAUGCGGGUGGUAGUAUGACUGCAUUGGAAGCAGGUACUUUAUCGGUGAUGAAGAACCAUCUGGAAAGGUUGAUAACGACAAUAUCUCGAGAUGCCAUCGAUGGUACUGAGGUCUGGAAAACAGUUGCCUUUAUGCUUCUAGACUCCCUAGUUCACCUAUCCCACUUGGACAAAUCUCAUGUCAUAUGGCCUACAUUUGUUCGCUAUGGUAUCCUGUCGAGUUUCGUGCGGGGAUUGAAGGAAUCCGAUUUGCCGUUACAACAUGUCUUGAAACCCGAUCCAGAUGACUUGAACCCUCUAUAUGUUUAUGAAUCCAAAAUGUCGCUAUUGAUUAGGAUGACUCAGAAUCGCUUAGGAGCGGAACGUCUCCUGGAGGCCCAGAUACUCCCAAUAUUGGCGCAAUGCGAAUUUAUUGAUGCCAGGCCUGAGGCAGACCAAUCAUUCAUGGACUAUGACUCCUUUCUUCCUUCUGCUAUUCAACGUUACCAUCAACUGUUCAUGCCUGCGCUACAGCUGAUAGUCGGAAUGUUGGCAACGCUUGGAUCCAAACACAAUAGUGCCACUCAUCAGGCAUUGGACUUUUUGUCAAGUCAUCGGGAAACGAUUAUCAUCUUGCUCAAGAAUGAAAUGAGCGAAGUUCCACUAUCAUUCAUUGAAGAAGUUCAUUUACUUGUUUCCCUAUGCGGUAGCGUUCUCCCCUUGGUCCCGAAAUCUGAUUUGCUAUCCGUUAAUUCCGGGUUUGGAGGGAUUCAUGGUGCGAUCUUGAGUUUUGCAGCAAGAUACUUCGGAUUUGGUCAAGAGACAAAGAAAGUGAAACCACAUACUGAUGUCGAAGUUCUUCAGGCAAGUAUACAUGCGCCAGGCCGGACUCGCGAGACCAAUUUCGAUGUUUUAGUAUACCGCCGGGAACGCAUCCUACGCAAGGCCAUAAUUGAGUAUCUAGGGAUUGCGAGCGACUUUACUGCUACUAUACCCACCAUUGGGGACGCCUUAGAGGCGCUGAGUAAUCUGUGUAGUGACCUGGCAGAGACCCUCAAGCAGAUUACAGACCUCUCGGCAGAGCUAUUGUCUAAGGAUCAUAUACGGGUUGAUAACAUCCAAGAGAUUGUUCCUAUAUCAAAUGUAGAAUUUUUGCUAGGACUUGACAUUUCCCAGAAACGUUCUCUGAUUUGCCGCGAAUACGAACGUCUGAAACAUGACACCCAGACUAAGGGGAGGACUUUGCUUGACACGAUGGAAAUAUUGCUACUGUUGCUGUGGCGGCAUCUCGUUCACUAUGCUGAUGAUCAACAUAUCGAAAACGACAGUUUGAAAACAUCCCAUCUAGGACGAUCUGUUCCAGCGCCAGAUGCAGAAACAUUCCGCUCAGACAUCAGUAAUCGGAUAUUGUCAAGUUUACAGAGGCUAUCAUCAUUAGAUCUGACUUUGGAAACAAUUGGCCACGACUGGCAGUCCUACCAAGGGUACAUAGAUAUCAUGUCUCGCAGACUAAGGGACACCAUUGGGCUGCAUGACGCCUUAGAAUAAGCGGAUGACUGUUACAAAAGAAGCGCGCCUUGCUUCACCCCAUUCUCAUCUUAUAAAUACUAUAAAAUACUGGUGACCACGUAAAUUUGUAGCAAGAAUUAUUAUGAAGGUGCUAAAAAGGAAGAAGGCUCCCUGCGCCUCUCAGAGCGACUUGUGAACCAAACCUUAGCGUUUGAGAUCCUCCGGGAAAGUAUGCUAGCACAUAUGC